UCGCCGCGGCCCCGCCCCCCACCCCGAUCCCCGACCCGCCGCCGCACUCCCCACCAUCGCCGCACCCCGGCGGGCACUGCCCUAAUCGGAUCCAACCAUGAUAUCCGAGACGCAGUGCGCCCCGCUCCGGCGAUAUCCCCCAAUUACUUACUCUCGUUCCAGAGCGCGAUGGCGAGAUCUGGCGGCAAGCGAGGCGUGAUGGAGCACCACUGCCUGAACCGGUUCCGCCGCCGGCGACUCCUCGCCUUCCUCCGCCGCAACAAUCUUCCCUCCACCUUGGACGCGCUGAAGCACGAGACGCGCGUCUUUCUCGAUCUGCGCUUCCUGCGGCGCCUGGUGGCGGACGGCCGGUGGCAGCAGGCGCGAGAGUACUUCAGCCGCUUCCUGCCGUGCCGGAAUGAGGUCGACGCGCACACCGCGCUCAGAUUCAUCACUCGCCUCAGCGUUCUCGACGACAUGGCCCAGGGGAAGCUGGGGUGCAUCGAUGCGGCCGAUGAUCUCCGGACCCAACUCGAGUCUUACCCUUCCAGCAUGAUCGAGGCCGACCCGCACUACGCCGAUGCUGUCUGCGCAAUCUUAUACAAUGGCUCUCACCCGGCUUACUGGGAUCCCGUGGACUGGCGGCUCAUUAGGCUCAAAGCCGCACAGGUUGUCAAGGACUUGGUCACGCGAACCACUGAGUUCAGACUAGCCACAGUGGGAGUAACUUCAGCAGUAACAUCGAGUCCAACUCAGCAAAUUUGCUUAUGUGGCAAUGAGUUAAUGAGGAGAGAGGUAGUUACAGUAACUUAGCUAGUUACUGUAACAUCACAUGUUCCAAUGCAAUAUGAGUCUAUAACCUAAUAAAUGAAGCUUUGCAUGUUACCACACUUAUGUUACUACCCACUAUGAAGGUAGUAACAUAGUCUAGGGAUUUGUGUAUGUUACUAGUGUAUGUUACUAUGCAUUGUGACUAGUCUCAGGCAUCUGCUGCGGUUGCCGCGGUGUCCAAGCCACCCAUGUUACACCAUCCCCUUCGGGUUUGGGGGUUGCCGGAGGCAUAAGAGGAAGAACAUAGGCUGGAUGUCGGCAUCUCUUCUUGCCCGCCGUUUUCUUCAGAAAGAGAGGCGUCCUUCCUCACCAUGCACUCAAGGGUUAUCGUGUGAACCUAUGGAUUUGGAGGAAAUUAUUGAUGAAACUUUGCUAGCUGGGAAGCAGGAGGUCAAAGAACAUUCAGAUUCUUGCAGUGAAGGCAUUCCAACAGUACCUGCUAAUGCAGUCACAAAGCGUUCGAGUCAGGAAUGUUCCGCUGAAAGUGCCAAUUGCGCAAAACUAAAACCUACAACUAGGGAGUUUUGUCCAGAUGUCGUCAAUGCAGUGGACGCUGAUCAUGUUUUAAAUAAAGUAAAGGCCCUGGGAGACAUUUCAAAUGCCAUGAUCAUGCUAGUGAAGUACACAUCCACACAUGGUCCAGAUCCCAGGAUGUUCGUGGAGAAAUUAAUGGAGCAGGAGAAGCUGUUAUUCGAACUGCGAUUAGAUUGCAUAAAUGCAAUGAUAAGAGGCUGUAGUACUUCUUCAUUGGCAACUUGAGCACCCGGCAGAACUUGAAACUCUUACCUGCUGCAUUUAUUGAUGUGCCUCCCUCCGUA